AGUGCUUGCUAGCCGUCGACAACAGCGGGUCGUGCUCUUGAUUUCUGUAUGAUUUUAUGCGAUUUUCCGGGAGAUCUGGAGUUCCCCCUCUUCGAAAAGACGUACAUCAAACUCUCAGAAUUUUAGCCUCAUUUCAACACUACCUGUGUUCUUGUUGCCUUGACAUCCUCGGAAAAAGUCUCUACCAUGCCAUUUACUCAUACAUUUCAAUUGCCCAUUGAGCACACUGAUAGUAAGCAAGUCUUAGUCGAGACACCUGUCACACUCCACAUCGAAAGCGAUUGGGGCAUGUUUGAGUUGAUGAGCGCAACUGCCUCCCUUAAGCGCAUCCCGUGGAAACCUCUUCCCCCAAAGACGACGCUAACCGACACAAUUGUCAAGUGGGACAAUGGCACUCACAACGUUGGUCGCGUGACAAUAUACUUCUAUGUCGUCAAUGAUGGGUCCCCGAUCUCUUUCUGCACUUCUCGUGGAAUGGAUCCUCCUCAUAUAGCAUACGUCUUCAUAGGGGACUUCCAAUAUAACAACAUCUACGGACCCAACGUGCCCAUGUGCUGGAGCAGGGUGCCAUUGAAGAGUUCCCCGAUGGGCGAGGAACGAACAGCAAACGAACGUCGUUGAAUAUGACCUGAAGAGCCCACCUUCUGACGAGCUACUUUUUUCACUUAUUCCUGAGUUGGCCAUGUAUGAUACGUGGGAGAUGUGAGAACUACGUUGUUGAUUUUUUGUAAAGUUUCUAGGCAACGAGAUGUAUUCGCGGCGAAGAGUUUGAAGUACUUCGUGGCAUUCAUUUUGUCCAUUUUCUUGGGGGCGUCCAGACCCUUAGGUUAGGGGCCGCCCGACAAAGUAAGCCGGUGCACCAGUGGUCGGCAGCUGCGAGGACCCUGUGCUUGUUGAUUGUG